AUGGCCCAGCUGAGCGGUCGAGGCGGCUAUUUCAAACUCCGGGGCUCGUUGCUGCCGAUCAAAACAGCGACUGGAAAGGAAGAGGAAGCCGAGGUGGAGGAGGACGACGCCGACGACGCGGAGCCCCUGGAUGCCCUCCCCGAGGACUCGAGCCAGCUUGCCUUCUGUCAGCCCUCCCGCCGGACAGUUAUAAUAAAAGAAGAAAACUCCCAAAAGGAAUAUGAAGUGGUUGGACGGUUUCCAUUUAUUGACCCUUGGUGGAAGGUGAAUAUUAAAGUAAAGAAUGCUGGAUCAAAGUACUAUGUACAGGGGCAACCAUCAUACUUUCUACAGACCCACCCAAGAAAUAAUUGGAAAGCAAUUAUUGCACUCUUUUUUAAAGCUUGUAAGGUUCCAGAAGAUUUCAAACAAGCUUUUUUUCAGUGGCUUCAUGAGUGGCUUCCUAAAAGUGCUUCCCUAAACUUUGAACAACUUGAAGAAAUAUUGAAUCGAUUUAUGGUAUCAAAAAGAGACUCCGUAAAAGACCCUAAAAAUACCAGAGACUUUGACAUUUUCCAUCAUAUUAAGAACUCAUAUGCAGGAAAAGCUGUACUGGUAGCCUUGAACUUCCCUGCUAUACUGGAAUUCUUGCCAACACUUCUGCCCUACAGUAUGUCCAGUUGUAUUGGGUGGUUGGACUGGAGUGAAAUCAGUAGCAGUGAAUAUGAAAGUGAUAAACUAACAAAACUGAACCGUAUCUUAACAGAAGAGCCAUGGAAACUUGGAUUUAGCACAAUAACACGUAAAGAGCUACAUACUUAUAUUGGUGAAGCACCUUGGAGAGCCUUCUGUGAAUUCACACACCUUCUUGACAAGAUUCCUGCUUUACAGAAGAAUGCAUUAAUAAUAUAUGCAAAGCUCCAAAAGAGGUGUAGAGAUUGGGGACAUACAUAUGAAGAACAGGAUGAGCUGAUGCGCAUGGUCCCUGAAAUGUCCACUGAACAUGCUGAGCAAUCACUCGCAUUUAUGAAAGAUGAGAAGAUAGUGGUUAUUGACGGGAAACUAGUGUUCCUUCAAAAGCUGUACGAAGCUGAAAAAAAUAUUGCAUGGGUUAUAUAUGAGCUCAUAAAGAAAAACGUAUUGAAGUUCCAUGUUGAUGUGAGAAAAGUACUUAAUAGUGGUGCACAUACUAACAAUUCAGAAGACCCAGUUGCUGAUAAUAAAUUAAAUGAAGAGGAACCUUGUGAAAUGGAUCAGGAGGAACUUAACAGUGUUUCAGAUGUGCAAGAAAAUGUGGAAGAAACCACUAAUGAAACACAAUGUGAAACAGAAGUGGACCCGGAUCAGGAGAAUGCAGUGGAAUUGAUCUGUUCCAAUCCAGUGACAAUCAUGAGUGGGAAAGGUGGUUGUGGUAAAACAACAGUGGUUAGUUAUCUGUUUAGAUAUCUGAACAGGGUGGAAGUUGAAGAAGCUAGAAGAGCCUGUGAAGAUUUUGAAGCAGACUUGGAUACAUCAGAAGAAUGGGAAACAUCCAGGUCAUCUUCCCAGUUGAACAGCCAUGCAGGUAGAAGUGAAUCUCCAGAAGUCUUAUUUACUGCACCUACAGGGAGGGCAGCAGGUUUGCUGCGUAAGAAAACAGAUCUUCCGGCUUAUACGUUGCAUCAGGUUGUCUACAGCUAUUAUUCUGGGGCCAAACCAUGGAAGUUUUCUAAAGUCAAAGUAUUGGUUGUAGAUGAAGGAAGCUUGGUGUCCGUAGUUGUUCUUAGUAGAGUAUUGCAACUAUUAUUCCGUAGUGCUCAACUUGCAAAGCUUGUUAUUCUUGGUGACAUUAGACAGUUACCCAGUAUUGAGCCUGGUAACAUGCUGUGUAAUGUGUUUGAGAGUCUGAAAUCAAGAGGUUGGUCUGUAGAACUCAGAACUAAUCAUAGGGCCGAGUCACAGUUAAUUGUGGAUAACUCAACAAGAAUUUCUCAGCGGGUUUACCCAGAGUUUGAUGCAGUGCUCAGAAUUUCUCAUCAGAGUAAAACCUGGCCAAUGCCAAGUCCUGAGAAGAAAUUUAUUUUUGUUGUCCUGUCUUCUGAAGAUGACUUGGUGCCUGCUGUAAAGGCUUUGCUUAAAGGAGGACCAGGGCUUGAAGACGCUGAACAGUCACAAUUCAUUUCUUUUAGAAGGAAAGAUUGUGACAUUGUCAAUGAACUUUGUUGUCAGCAUUACUCGGAUCAUCCAAUGCGAAACCAUAAAAAGCAAUUACAAUUUCAGUGUGGUGACAAAAUUUGUUCUACAAGGAAUGCAUAUGUAAGAGAUCUUCUCCCAAAUGAUAAGAGUUGCACAAAGAACGAUAAAGAUUCUGGUCCGUGUGUUUGUGAUAAGUGCUUUACAAGAGAAGAUUGCUUGUCUGGUCGGAGUCCACCUUCCCAUGAAAAUGAUGAUGAUACACGCUUGUGCAACGGAGACAUAUUCUUCAUUGAAGAGGACAGAGAAGUUGACGCUCGUCGUCUCCUGACCAUUAGAAGCACUGAUAACUCUACAUACACCCUGCUUUAUCGAGGUCUCCAGAGAGUCUCUAAGAUACAGCAUGCCUGGGCCAGAACUAUUCACACAUUUCAGGGUUCUGAGGAAAAGACUGUUGUCUAUGUCGUUGGAAAUGCUGGUCGCCAGAACUGGCAGCACGUAUACACAGCUGUCACUAGGGGACGUAGCCGGGUCUAUAUUGUUGCUGAAGAAGCCAAUCUCCGAAAAGCUAUAGUUAAGAAAGAGUUCCCCAGAAAAACUUAUUUGCAAAAACAUUUACAAGAUGCAUUUAUGGAAAAAAUGGAUUCUUUUGAGGAGACAUUUUCUUCUCAAAGGAACGUGCAAGGUGAAGAGGAUAAAAUCUGUGACUCUGCUACUCAUGUCGGAAAUAAUUGUGUUAACUUAGAGCAGGCUACAGUUUCUGAUGAAAUUAAAGAUGACAACAAAGUGAGAACUGUUGAGCAGGCUGAACUGUCACUCCACUCAGGUGGACUUAAAAGACAAAAUAACUUUCCAGAGGAUUCUUCAAGUCCUUCUAAAGUAAUUUUGAUAACUGAAAACAACUCCCCACUUGGAACUCACAGACUUCAAAACUUGACACUGGAGGGUCCAGUUCCUAAAAAACUUUUUCCAUUGUAACAAAUCUGUCAUCUGGCUAGGUGCUUCAUUUGAUUUGUUUCCAGAAAGUAUCCUUCUGAACAGUAGUAUAAAGCUGGGGGGAGGAGACAUUUUUAAAAUAAUGGAUGUUUUUCAGCAUAAAAGGCAGCUCCCCCCCCACAGAUGUUAAUUUUAAAAGUCCAAAUAGCAUUACUUUUAAUAAAAGUUAUUUGCAUCUGUUGUAAUGGAAGAAUUUUUUGCUGGUCAUUACUGGAAAAAUGUAUUUAAAAAAAAUUCCUUGUUAAGAUGAGGCCUAAUUUUUUUAAUUAAAAUGUUGCUGAUAGGUGGUGUUCUCUUCUGCAGCUUUCUGAAGGUGUUACCACAAGUUGUCUGGAAAAUUUUACUUCUGGUAAGAGUUUACAUACUAAAGGGAUAUGUGAAUCUUUAUGUUGUUGGCUUUGCCAGAGGACUCCUUUCCCUAAAAACAGUGCAGUGUUAUUGACAAAAACUAUCUGGUAAGUGCAAGUAAGUGGAUUACAUUUAACAUUGUUUUGGCUUAAAUGUUCUGUUCUGUAUGUGCACUACCAGUUUUAGAUUAGCAUGAGAGGAAUUGCACUCACACAACCUUAUUUGGACAUGUAUUUCCCAGUCCAACUAGAGCGACUCAGAAGCAUGAGUUAUACAGCUCUUGUACCUACCUGGAUCAGGGCAUAAACACAGUUAAUCUUAGUAUUUAGAGCCUGAAAAGUGGGGAAUUUCAAGACCCGUGGAGGAUGGAAAUCCCCUCUGCCCCUUGCUGGCCCCCCGAUUUUUCCACGCACACACCUAUCACCACUUUCUGUUUUCCCACCCUGAUCCCAUUGCUGCUUUUUGUAGUAUCUCCAUGCCAGGCUGUUGGGGUUGCUAAGCAGCCCCAGAAUGUGAUUCAUGAUCUUGCAUGGUGGUCCCUGUUCUUGGCUGCCAUUUUUCCAGUUUGGAGGAGUUACCCCGCCCCCUUAAAAUAUUUUGGGAUUUUUCCUGCAAACUACAUUUGCAGAAACAUCUCCCUUCUUUGUACCUGGCUCCACAGUGUGAAUUUUUAAUCUGCAGUCUGGAGGACAGGCUCAGAAUUUAUGAAUAAGAUGCACACACAUGUCUGUGUGUACUGAAAUACUUUUAAAAGAGCUUGGGACAUAAGCUCAGUACACAUGACAGCGGCAUGCAUACACUGAAUGUGCGGGGAAGGAGAGCAAGAGUGAGCGCACUCUCCCUGCUGCCUGGAUCAAUACAGUCACCCAAUGGUCUGCAGGGGUGACCGCACGGAGGAAGUGGCCAUGCAGACUCUCCUCCCCUGUGACGAGCGGCGUUCCAAAACCAGCAAGGUUGAUCA